UAUAUAUCUUUUAUUUGUCAAAUAUGUCUGCGUUUAUUGAUUUCUUUCACUGGUUUCUUUAUAAAGAAAAGAAAGAAUCCUUUAAGAAAAAAUGAAGUUAAUUGUUUAUGCAUGCGUACUUAUGAUGAUGGAAACUGUAGCAUGUACCUACAAUUUGAAUUGGGUGUUGUUGAAAAAAAAUGCUUGUUUUCAGGCAAAAGAUAAUCAACCAGCCGUUGUUCCUGUAAAUAAAUCAGGCUGGUUAGUCGCAGCUAAGCUUGUACAUGUUAGUGGCAUUUUGAAAUGCCACCCAUCACUCCCCGGGAGCAAAUUUGGCUGCGUUAACGGCGACUUAUUUAAUAUCUUUGUUUGCGACGAAAAGCGACAAACUAUUUUUCCAUCUCCAAAUCAAGCAAUUAUUUAUGACGCUUAUAGAAAUUUUCAAUACCGUGGAUUUACUGCGAACGACAACGAAGUAGUUUUUACCGAUUUGAGUUACCCUGUUUACUUAAAAGCUGGAAAACAAAUUACGAUUUGGAAUGGCGAGGAUCUUAUUGAUCUAACAGAAGGAGAUAAUUCUGGAACUGUUUGCGUUGACGUUUACGGUUCAUUCUAUAGUUCGUUAAACUAAUCUGUGAAACUUGUUUGUUAGUUGUAAAACAUGGUUGAUAUUGAAUUAAAAAAACAUUUGAAAAAAUCUUAUCUUUUUAUAUUAUUUUACUUUUAGAAUGGUAUCUUUAGUUUCUUAAUAAAAAGUUAAAUUUGAAAUUAGAAUUUAAGAUUCAACAAAAAUGAAACAUUAUUUAAUGUAAACUUCAUUUAAAACUUAUUGUUAAUUAA